CAGAUUAAAUUAAAUAAAAAAUAAGAAAUAGAUAAGUCCCAAUUGCAUUGAUAUAUUCUUCUCAGCAAGGAAAUUAUGAUUUCUCUACAACCUUAUAAAUUUUGUCUUCAAACACCAUUUUUGUGCUACCCUUCAAACGUUGGUAUAAAUCAACAUAGACAAGCACAAACGAGCCUGGUAGCACAAAAGAAGAUUAAAGUACAUAGAAGAGAAAUCAAAUGCAGUGCAGGAGAAAAGAAAAGUGAGAGGAGAACGUUUUUGACACUUGAAGAAGCUGGUUUGGUUGAGAUGUCUGGGUUGAGCACUCAUGAACGCUUUCUAUGCCGUUUAACGAUAUCUUCAUUGAAUUUACUAAAAGUGAUAUCAGAACAAGAAGGUUGUCCAAUAGAGGAGCUCAAUGCUGGAAAGGUAUGUGAUUGGUUCCUAAAAGACAGGCUCAAAAGGGAACAGAACAUUGAUUCUGCUGUUCUUCAAUGGGAUGAUUCCGACUUCCAAUUUUAAUUUGUUUCUCGUUAAAAGCUCCCUUUUUUCACUACAAAGUUAUAAUUGACUUGCAGCUUUAACUAUAUUUGAGGGGUCCUUACUGUAUUGUUGCUCAAUAUUUCCAUUUUUGUAUGUGUGGGUUAUAGGUAUGUUAUCUGUGGCUUUUUUGUUGCAAAUUGUGCAAAAUGUGGCUACAAAAUUGCUACUCCCUUGUUUAUAAUAACAAGAGAAUAAGCUUCCAUCAA